GCGCAAUACAAAACGCGGUGCACACGCCGCCCGGGCAGAAACGUCGAAAACGGGCGCGCGCUUACGGCGUGCAAAUAUACACGGAGGUAUACGCGCGGGCGGUACGGGGCGGGGUCUGGAUGGCGGAGAGUUGCGCGCGCGCUCGGCGGCAGGGCGAGUGCUAGCAGCACGCACCAUCAGCACCACCGACAGCACCGACGGCAGCAGCGGCAGGACCACAGCGUUGGGAGCAGCCAGCCAGCGGUUGCAUCAGCAGCGGCAGCAGUAGUAGUGGCGCGCUUGGACGCGUUUGUAUGUGUGUGCAUGUGUGCGUGUGUGUGUGUGUGAGAGAGAGAGAGAGAAAGAGAUAAAAAGCACGAGCGUGUGUGUGUGUGUGUGUGUGUGUGGUGGCUGCGCGCGCCAAAGACGUUCCGCCGAGUACGCGAAGACAGGUUUUCGUACACAGUCGUACCGCGGUUACCGCUGUCGUCGCAAUAACCACUGCGAAAACGUCUCAUCGGUAUAAUAAUAAUAAUUGUACGGUAUCGUCGGUCAUCGCAUACAAUAACAUAUAUAUAUAUAUAUAUUUAUAUUAUAUAAUAUCCGUUUCCGAGGCCUAGACACGUCGUCGUCCGUCGCAUAGCUGCCCGUCACCUCGGAAACCGGCCCAUCCGUGUGUGUUGUUCACCGGUCGCGGACGCCGCGUCGCUCCGGGCCGCAGCGAGCUUUCCUGUUUCCGUGUUUUUCGGCACGCGCCACGUCGAAGGGCGGCGUUGUACCGGUCCACCGCCGUCACAGCAACAGCGCAAAAGCCUCCGUCGCCGCUGCCAUUACACAAUGGACGCGACGGUCGGCCACCGUCCCGCGGACACCCAUCGGCGCCCAAAUACUGGUGACGAGCUCGACGGCCAGCAGCUGGUGUACGGCUGUCAGCGACGACAGGACGACGGACGUCAGAAGGAGCCACUAAUCGUUGUUGGCCGCAACGCGUCCUGUUGAUAGGAGACCGGACGUCGACGACGAGGACGGGUCGCGCGCGCCACCGCAACCGCCGCCGCUGAAUGGGACAUGGGAAUACUCCCGGAUCUGCUCAUCGUCUACCUGAUCAUUGCAGAAACGCUAUGCGGACCUCACGAGAAGCGAUUGCUCAACGAUUUAUUAGACCCUUACAACACACUAGAGAGGCCUGUAGCUAAUGAAUCGGAGCCACUACAGCUUAGUUUCGGCCUUAUGCUCAUGCAAAUCAUAGAUGUGGAUGAAAAGAAUCAGCUGUUAAUUACCAAUAUGUGGUUAAAAUUGGAGUGGAAUGACGUCAACCUCAGGUGGAACCACAGUGACUAUGGUGGUGUAAAAGAUUUGAGAAUACCUCCGCACAAGAUAUGGAAACCAGAUAUGCUCAUGUAUAAUAGCGCUGAUGAAGGUUUCGACGGCACGUACGCAACCAACGUGGUGGUAAACAGCAAUGGUAGUUGUGUAUUCAUACCACCGGGAAUAUUCAAGAGUACGUGCAAAAUCGAUAUCACAUGGUUCCCCUUCGAUGAUCAAAAAUGUGAUAUGAAAUUUGGCAGUUGGACAUACGACGGAUUUCAGUUGGACCUUCAACUUCAAGAUGAUAAUGGAGGAGACAUCAGUGGUUUUAUUACUAAUGGUGAAUGGGACCUGCUUGGCGUUCCCGGAAAGCGCAAUGUGAUCUACUACAGUUGCUGCCCCGAACCGUACAUAGACAUAACGUUUUCCAUCCUAAUUAGAAGGCGCACCUUGUAUUACUUUUUCAACCUGAUAGUUCCGUGCGUGUUGAUUGCAUCUAUGGCCGUACUAGGAUUUACUCUACCGCCGGACUGUGGCGAAAAGCUAUCUCUAGGUGUAACGAUUCUCCUGUCGUUGACCGUUUUUCUAAACAUGGUGGCCGAGACAAUGCCGGCUACUUCGGACGCAGUUCCUCUUUUAGGAGUGACAAUCCUCCUAUCACUGUCCGUAUUCUCACUCAUGAUAGCCGAUGCCUUACCACAAACAUCUGAAGCUAUCCCCUUACUAGGUACUUAUUUCAACUGUAUCAUGUUCAUGGUUGCAUCUUCAGUCGUGUCCACAAUCAUGAUCCUGAAUUAUCACCACCGUAAUGCGGACACUCACGUCAUGUCAAAAUGGGUAAAACUCAUGUUCCUGGUGUGGAUGCCGUGCUUGUUGUGCAUGAGCCGACCGAACCGCGACGAUCCGCCCGGCAACGGAAACAAAUCGUCAGACUGCAAGAACAAGUCGGCGGCAUCGUCGAUCCACCACCUGCCCGACCUGGAGUUCCGGGCCAAGUCUUCCAGGAGCCUGCUGGCCAACGUGCUCGACCUGGACGACGAUCUGCGCUCGUCCACCCGGAGCUACCCGGGCGCCCGGAGCCAAGUGGCGCCGAUGCCCGAGCACGUCAUGGUCGAACAGCAACAGCAACAGCACACGAUGUUGUCCGGCGGCGGCGGGGCGGCGUCCGCGACUUCGUGCCUAGGACCGCACCGAGAGCUGUCGCUCAUCCUUAAGGAGCUCCGGAUGAUCACGGACAAGCUGCGCAAGGACGAGGAGGACGAGGAGAUCACCAACGACUGGAAGUUCGCGGCCAUGGUGGUCGACCGCAUGUGCCUGUACAUAUUCACCUUCUUCACGGUGGCCGCCACCAUAGCGGUUCUCAUGUCCGCGCCGCACGUCAUUGUCACGUGAUUGCGCCAUCGAUGUCGUCGCGUCCAGUUCCAGUUCCAGCUCCAGCUCCAGCUCAUCUCUUUCUCACUCUCUCUAUAUCUACACGUCAUACGUAUAUCGUCAUAUAUAUAAUAUAAUAUAGGUAAUAUGAAAUGGAUGCAGCGGAGCAGCAAUAUUAUGUAACGACCGCAUGAAGUAGCUCUCCAUAGCACGCGGAAAAUUGACAUGUAGAAAUCGGUGUGGUACCGUUUUAAAUUAUUCAUACAAGAUAAUUAUGAUAUUAUUAAAUUAUUAAAUUAUUAAUAUUAUUAAAUACUCCUAAUAUCUAAAAUUAUUAUAAUUAUAAUUUUUUUUCUCGAAACUACUUCUUUUCUAAUGGUUAACUAAAGUAUGUCUAUGAAUAUAUCUAUUUGGUUUAAAAAGUAAUAAUAAUAAUGAUACAUUACUUUAGCCCUGCUCCUUGAAACGAAUUAAUAUGAACGAACAAAAGAAAUUAAGGUUGAGUAGAUUUUAUAUCAACGUAAAUCUGUUCCAUAAAACAUUAAAUUGACUCGUCAAACAUUACAUCAAUAUUAUAAAUAUCCGCAUAAAUAACGUUUGA